AUGAUGAUCAUCAACUCAAAUAACAACACCGAUGAGAUGUUUAAAUAUUUUCAAUACUGUUCAAGACUGAAAAUGUUCUGGCUAAGCUUUUAUUAUUUCAUAUCAUUGAUUCAUUCGAUCAGUGCUAGUACUCAAGUAUGUAAUGGACCAUUGGGCAUGAUCAGUGGCGAAAUUCGCGAUUGGCAAAUCACAGCAUCGUCGACAUUGUGGGAUCCUGACUGUCAUGAGAAAAACGCUCGUUUAUAUCAAUCUGUAGAUCGUGCUUGGUGUGCAAGACAUAAGUCAGAUUCCGAAUGGUUACAAAUCGAUUUGGGUAUUGCUGCGAAAAUAUCAGGCGUAUUAACUCAAGGCCGAGCGAACAAAGAGGAAUAUGUUAUAUCGUUUAUGGUCUCGUACAGUACCGAUGCUUAUCGAUGGCAAUAUCUAGUAGAUCGAUAUGGAAAUCAAAAGAUAUUUGCUGCUAAUACUGAUUCAUAUGCGGUUCGUCACAACUAUUUCGACGAACCUAUUGUUGCUCGAUUCAUCAAAUUUCAUCCUAUUCAAUGGUACUCACAUCCAUCCCUGCGUGUUGAAAUCGUGGGCUGUCAAGAAUGUAAACAACAUCUGGGUUUACCACCAUAUGGAAAGAUCAGUGCAUCAACAUCAUGGCCGUAUCGUCGACGUGCAUCAUGUCAACCAGAGGAUGGUUACUUGAUGAGUAAUAAAGGCUGGUGUUCUAGGAAACGAUACAAACACGACCAAUGGCUCGAAUUCGAUUUGGGCCAUCCAUCAACCGUCACAUCACUGAUAACUAAAGGUCGUGGGGAUACCAGUCAAGAGCAAUGGGUGACAAAAUAUAAAGUUUCGUUUUCGAAUGACAGCCGCCUAUGGCUCUAUUAUAAAGAUAAAUCGCAAGUUGAACCCAAGGAAUUUGCGGCGAAUAAUGAUCGUGAUAGUGAACGUAUUCAUUUUCUUAAUGAACCAUUCUUUGCUCGAUACGUUCGGUUACAUCCAACAGAAUGGCAUAAUCAUGUUAGCAUGCGAGCAGCUAUUUUAGGAUGUCCACACCAAGGUACCUGUUUUCCUGGUUACUUUCGUGUAAACAGUGAAGCUCAAUGUGUGGAAAAUAUGGCAUAUAAAAAGCAAACCUGGACAAACGAUCGAAAUCGUCAGCAUCAACCAAGUGGAGUGGGCGAAUUGAAAUACCGCAGUCCAAGAGAAACCAAUGGUGAUGCAUCACUAGCCGUCGACGGUUUAGAAGAAUCGUUAGAUUGGUCGAAAUGUGCAACGAUUGACAAUUAUUUUGUUCGAAAACCUGUUUGGAUGGUCGAUUUAGGUCGUAUUACAAAUAUUGCUGGUGUCAUGUUACGAACAUGGCAUGCAAAUAAUAAAGCCACUAAUUCUUCCAUGUCAACAUCAAUUUAUCGUGACUAUCUGGCAAACUUAGAGCGAUACAAUGUUUAUGUAGAUUAUCGUCCACGUCGAUAUCGUUUCAAGACUGCUAAUUUAUGUUCAUUUAUCACUCGUACUGAUCAAGCGUUGACUUCGUCAUCUCGUCUUCACUUUCAAUGUGAACGUUCAUUACGUGGUCGGUUUGUUUAUAUCGAAGCUGAUGGUGUCACUGAUCGAUGGAAUAAACUAUUUACUGCUGUUCUUUGUGAAGUAUUUGUUUAUGAGCAGUAG